CGCUUCCUGCCGGCGCCUGUUGUGGAUCCGGGGCAGGCGUAGCAUGGAGCCGGCGGCCGAGGGCGAUGCAGAGAUGCUGGGGACACCCGACCCGCAGCUGGCGGCCACCAUGGGCUUCUCCGGCUUCGGGAAGAAGGCUCGGACUUUCGACCUCGAAGCUAUGUUUGAGCAAACGAGAAGAACUGCAGUAGAGAGGAGCAGGAAAGUAUUGGAGGCCCGCGAAAGAGAAAAAGAAGAACAGGCUGAAAAGGAGUUUAGAAUUUCAUGCACUGAUUCAUCAGUUUCAGCAUCCAGUACGACAGGACCUGGGUCCACAUUAACUAAAAGAGAGGCAGUGUGUAGUGAAAGUGAGGACAGCUCAGAUGAGGCAUUAAGCGGUCCUUCUAUGCAAUCACAGAGUUCUGCUAAAGGUCCAGCUGAGGAUACUGACGAUGAUGAUGAUGAAGAAUUCAUUGGACCACCACUUCCCCCUGGAUUCAAGGAUAGUGAUGACGACAAUGACAAUGAUGAUACAGAGGAGGAAGAUAAUAACCCUGUCAAGAAAAUCCCAGAUUCUCAUGAAAUUACACUCCAGCAUGGAACAAAGACAGUUUCUGCUUUGGGGUUGGAUCCUUCAGGUGCUCGUUUGAUAACUGGUGGAUAUGAUUAUGAUGUAAAGUUCUGGGAUUUUGCGGGAAUGGAUGCCUCUCUCCAAGCCUUUCGGUCACUCCAACCUUGUGAAUGUCACCAAAUCAAGUCUUUACAGUAUAGCAGCACGGGAGAUGUCAUUCUCGUUGUCUCUGGCAACUCUCAGGCAAAAGUUCUUGACAGAGAUGGCUUCCCAGUGAUGGAAUGCAUAAAGGGAGACCAGUACAUUGUGGAUAUGACAAACACAAAGGGUCACACAGCAAUGCUCAAUUCAGGCUGUUGGCAUCCAAAGAUAAAGGAAGAAUUUUUGACAUGUUCUAAUGAUGGAACUGUGAGGACUUGGGAUGUUAACAAUGAAAAAAAGCACAAAAGCGUAUUUAAGCCACGAUCAGUUCAAGGUAAACGGGUGAUUCCUACAACUUGCACAUACAGCAGAGAUGGGAAGCUUAUUGCAGCCGGCUGUCAAGAUGGCUCUAUCCAGAUCUGGGAUAGGAAUAUGACUGUACAUACAAAGUUCCACUGCAGGCAAGCCCAUGCUUCAGGCACUGACACUUCAUGUUUGACAUUUUCCUAUGAUGGUACUGUUCUUGCCAGCCGAGGAGGAGAUGAUACUUUGAAGAUAUGGGAUAUUAGACAAUUUAAAAAACCUCUUAAUUCAGCAGAUGGACUGCCCAGCUUCUUUCCAAUGACAGACUGUUGUUUCAGCCCAGAUGAUAAAAUCCUUGUCACAGGCACCUCUGUUAAGAAAGGUGGUGGCAGUGGGAAGCUGUUUUUCUUUUAUCGUGAGACCUUCCAGAAGCUGUAUGAGAUAGAAGUUACAGAUGCGAGUGUUGUGCGUUGCCUUUGGCAUCCCAAGCUGAACCAGAUCAUGGUUGGUACUGGAAAUGGUUUAGCCAAAGUGUACUAUGAUCCUGUCAAAAGCCAGAGGGGAGCAAAAUUAUGCGUGGUCAAAACAAAACGAAAAGAGAGACAAGCAGAGACUCUCACACAGGAUUACAUUAUAACGCCCCAUGCACUUCCUAUGUUCCGCGAACCACGACAACGAAGCACAAGGAAACAGCUGGAGAAGGAUAGGUUGGACCCCCUGAAGUCUCACAAACCUGAACCUCCAGUAGCAGGAGCAGGUCGUGGCGGCCGUGUUGGGACUCACGGGGUCACCCUGUCAUCAUAUAUAGUCAAGAACAUUGCCCUGGACAAGACAGAUGACAGCAACCCUCGAGAAGCCAUUUUACGUCACGCAAAGGAAGCGGAGGAGAAUCCAUACUGGGUGGCUCCAGCAUAUGCUAAAACACAGCCAAAAACAGUUUUUGCAGAAGUGGAACAAGAAGAUGAUGAAACAGACAAGCCAGAGUGGAAAAAACGUAAAAUUUGAAAAAUAAUUGGUUUAAGGAAUCAUUUUAGAGCAUUUGAAGCAAAAUGAAACAUUUAUUUCUUUAUUUGGGAUAGUGGGUCAAAAUUUGAAAGCAAAUACUACUUCAAUUUAUAAAACUUGCUGCAGUAUAAAAAGGGAUUGUUGAAUUACACUGGCUUAAUCCCACAUAUGAAUUUUGUAAUAAGGAAUUACUUAUAUUGUGCAAAUAACUCCUGUAUGUCAGUUACUUAGCUUUGUUAAGUGAAAAAAUAUUUCUUUAUAAAUAUUGUGAAUUCAUUAUAUUGCCGAAUGGGUUUUUUUCCAUUACUGCCAAUUUUACAAAUGCUAUGUCGUGACAGUGUUCAAUGAAUUUAAGUAUCCAAAUAAAAUAGUACAAUUUCUCAGA